GGCGCUUAACUGGCUGAUCACGACCCCCCAGACCAACCAGCCAAGAGAAAUGACGCCGCCAAGUUUGAUCAAUCUGAACGUCAUCUCUUCAAAAGUCAACAUCACCGCCGGAGAGCUCAGCAAGUCUUGUCACGUUUCCCUUUUUUUGACCUUGGACGAAAUAGGAUGCUUUAAGGAAAGUUCAAGAACCACUUCGAAAGCCUCACAGCGGUCAAGCCGAGGCGCGUCCGGCCCGCAUCCGCUGGCCGGGUUUGUCACGUGUAUCCGCGAUGCGCAGAGCGUUUCUCUUCUGGCCAGCGACGUCCCUGCUCCUCCUGGUCUUGACCCUCUAUGUCCGCCGGGACCAGCUCGGCUUUCUCCCACAGCAUGGUUUGCUCCAGCCACAGGACAAGGUGCAGACGGCGCCACCACCACCAGACGCAGGGGCUGUUGCCUCAACGGCAACUACAACACAUCCAGCAACUCUUCCCAAAGAAACGAUGGAAGCCCACGUCAAAGCCAUCAUGAGCCCAGAGGCAACCCACCUACCUCAUCUUGAGUGUCCCAAGCUGGACACAUCCCGGUACCAGCAUCUGCAGAUAGCUAGCCAGCAACCUCCCAACCCAGCCAUCCGCUACUUCUUUGCCCUCGACCUCCGCCAAUGCCUCACUCUCCUCCCCCGGCUCAUCGGCAGCGUGGUCGAAGUAAUGCGCUUCCUCGGCCCUCCAAACUGCGCCCUCUCCAUUGUCGAAGGCAACUCAGACGACGGCACCGGUGAGGUUCUGGCCGCCCUUCGCCCGGAGCUCGAAGCCCUCGGCAUAACCUACUACUUCAGCACCACGCCCACCGACCCAAAACAAGGCGACCGUAUCGCAGCUCUCGCCCAACUGCGCAACCUCGCCGUCCAACCCCUCCUCGACGCCCACCGCUCCACCUCCAUGUUUCCUAAUGAAUCCACCACGACCAAAUCCAGCUCCACCACGAUAACCUUCCUCAACGACGUCGCCAUCUGCCCCGAAGACAUCCUCGAACUCCUGCACCAGCGCCUCACCCUGCAAGCCGACAUGGUCUGCGCCAUGGACUGGACCUACGUCGGCCGCGACCCGACCUUUUACGACGUGUGGAUCGCGCGCGGCAUGAGCGGCGACUCCUUCUUUGAGAUACCGCCCGACGGCAGCUGGGACUCGGCGUGGAACCUGUUCUGGAACGACGCGGCGACGCGCGAGCGGUUUGCCGCAAGGCAGCCGUUUCAGGUUUUCUCGUGCUGGAAUGGCGCGGCGGUCUUCUCCGCUGCGCCGGUGGUUGAAAGGGGGGUGAGGUUUAGGACUGUUCGGGAAGGGGAGUGUGUGCAGGGUGAGCCGCAGUUGUUUUGUAAGGAUUUGUGGUGGGAGGGGUAUGGGAAAAUUGCGGUCGUGCCGGUGGUGAAUUUGGAAUAUUCGGAUGAGGCGGGGAGGAGGAUCAAGGAGGAGAAGGGAUAUACGUCGCGGUGGGUGGGCGCGCCUGGGUGGAGGGAUGAGCGCAUCGAGUGGCAGGCGAGGCCGCCUGACAAGGUCAAGUGCAUGGGGAGGUAUGAUGAUCAGUUCUUUGAGGCGUGGAAUAAGUCGCAGCCAGGGACUUGAGUGAGACGAUGAAAAAGCAAGGCGCCGUCAAUGUGACUGUGGCCGCUGCGAACAGCGCUUCAAGUUUGUUCCUGUUGGCCCUAUGUCAAGCGCUUUCAACGCUUGGGAUGACCGGUAUAGACGGGAUACAGUGAUCCUAAAAGACGAGCGCUGAACUGAUUGACUUUUGUCCUUUGGAAAUAACGUACAUCAUUAGCGCACCGGCCAUAUAAGCAAGCCAGCCAUUUUUCCGCGCGCGACGCGUACUUUCUAUGUUC